GGCGCGGGCAGAGGCUUGGAUUCGAGCAGGUGAGACGGUGGCUUUCUCUCCGAGCGGCGAGUGGGACUCCGAGUUUUGAAUCCUUGGCGGCGUAUACCUUGCCCGCCUGACGUCGGGGCUGCAGGAAGGAUGCGAAGCCUGAGCGCGGUGUGGCUGCUGGGGGGCGCCAUCCUGCUGGCCGCCUCUGCUUCCUGCAAUCGCACCAUCCAAGGAUCCAAUAGAACCUCCAAAGGAAGAAGUCUCAUUGGCAGGAUUGAUAGCUCAUCUCAAAUCACUGGGAAAGGAGUUACAGUGGAACCAGGCUUUUCUGUGGAUGAGUUUUCUACCUCUGUCCUCACUGGAAAACUGACCACUGUCUUUCUUCCAAUUGUCUACACAAUUGUAUUUGUGAUUGGUUUGCCCAGUAAUGGCUUGGCGCUGUGGGUCUUUCUUUUCCGAACGAAGAAGAAGCACCCUGCUGUGGUGUACAUGGCCAAUCUAGCCUUGGCAGACCUCCUGUCUGUGAUCUGGUUCCCUUUGAAGAUUGCCUAUCACAUACAUGGCAACAACUGGAUUUAUGGGGAAGCUCUCUGCAAGGUGCUCGUUGGCUUUUUCUAUGGCAACAUGUACUGUUCCAUUCUCUUCAUGACCUGCCUUAGUGUGCAGAGGUAUUGGGUCAUCGUGAAUCCCAUGGUGCACUCCAGGAAGAAAGCAAAUAUUGCCUUUGGGGUCUCCCUGGGGAUAUGGCUGCUGAUUUUGCUGGUUACCAUACCCUUGUAUGUCGUGAAGCAGACUGUCUACAUUCCAGCCCUUAACAUCACAACCUGCCAUGAUGUUUUGCCUGAGGAGGUAUUGGUAGGGGACAUGUUCAAUUAUUUCCUCUCUCUGGCCAUCGGAGUCUUUCUAUUCCCAGCCUUCCUCACAGCCUCUGCCUAUGUGCUAAUGAUCAAAACACUUCGAUCUUCUGCUGUGGAUGAAAACUCAGGAAAGAAGAGGCGGAGAGCCAUCAAACUCAUUGUCACUGUUCUGGCCAUGUACCUGGUCUGCUUCACUCCCAGUAACCUUCUGCUUGUGGUGCAUUAUUUCCUGAUUAAAACCUGGAGCAAGAGCUAUGUCUACCACCUGUACCUUGUCGCCCUCUGCCUCUCCACCCUCAACAGCUGCAUUGACCCCUUUGUCUAUUACUUUGUUUCCCAAGACUUCAGGGAUCAUGCGAAGAACGCGCUCCUUUGUCGAAGUGUCCGUACCGUAAAGCAGAUGCAAGUAUCCCUCACGUCCAAGAAAUUCUCCAGGAAAUCCAGCUCUUACUCUUCGAGUUCAACCAGUGUUAAAGCCUCCUACUGACUUGCAGCCUCUCCAGUGGUUGUUUUACAGGAGGAUUUGGAACCUGCUUGGCAUUGUGGAUAUGAGUUUCUGUUGUUUCCUAACUAAGCAGGUCUCUCCACAUACUACCAUGUAUCUGCAGCAUCUGUCAGGAAUACUGGGAGCUUCCCUGUUUGCUUGAGGAAAACCUCCCAAACUAAUACAGAUGUCAGUUUUAGAAUUCUUUUCUGAUGCUUCCAGAAAUGCAACCAACAGAAGCAAACUUUUCAGAAGACGGUGAAGCAACAGAAACCUGGUAGCGUUGGCGUGAAGAUACAGCUCUUAGCUAAGACGACAUUUCUCUACAUCUGGGCUCAGUGACAGCCCCGUUAAGGCUUCAGUGCCCUCAGAGAUGAUGAGACCGACCGACCGACUGACUGACUCUGCAGACGUGGAGGCUAAAGAAGUGAAGAAGCUGCCUGAAGUCAGAGGCGCUUCUGUUCCAACCAGCAGCAGCCAGUUAGUGUUGGACAGUAGAACAAGAAUGUUCCAUGGAGUCCUACCACCCCUCCUCCUCAUAGAUCUUGUUUACAAACGCAGGUUUGUCAGACUCAGGAAUGAGAGCUCAGGGUCUGGGUCGGGAACCUGCAUUUUACCAAGCCUCUGCUGCAUGUGCUCACGCGCACCAGGGUUUGAGAACCUUUGGUCCGGAUGCUGCUUCUACUUGACAAGGUGCCAAGGAGAAAGAAGCACAUGGCGCUUUGGGUCUUUUACAAACAGCCUGUGAUGAAAUCUGUUUGUUGUCUCAUUAGGGCUUUUGGUUAUUUAUCAGUCCUUUGAGGUUUUGUAUCUAUCCUUAUCACUACAAGGAAAAUGCCGUGGAGGUUUUAAAGGUGGAAAUACAACUUGUGUGUAACUUUAUACUGACGCAGAAUCUUUGGGUAGUCUGAGUUACAGAUGAUUUCAGAGUAAGAAUGGCAUUUGUCACUUAGUAUUUUUCAUAAUUAUAGUUGGACUAUUUAUUGUCAGUUUUCUUCACUUCCUACUAAAUAUGACAUUAUAAUGCCUUCACUGGAUUUGAACCACAUCUGUUUGGAAAAGAAUGCUAAAGAGAUGUGAUUUACAAUAUAUUUAGGGAGUAUUUACCCCAAACUGAAUUUAUAACUGUUGUGCUUGUGAUUUUUUUGAAAUAGUUUUAUUGUAGUGAUUUAUAAAUAACACAUGACCCUGUUUUUUACAACUGA